AUGCUUUUGUCUUUAGAAAGAAAAGAGUUAGUAAGCUUGAUGAAAGAUCAUGAAUCAUCAAUAUGUUCUAUAUCAAUCCAUGCAUCUGGACGACAUGCUUUGACCACAGCCAAUGAAAUUGCUCAAAUCUGGGAUCUUGAUACUUUCACAAAGAAAAAGACCUUGAAUGGUGCACAGACUGUUGGUAUUCAGCAGGUGGGGUGAGGUUCAAGAAUUCUACAUUUUGAAGUCUUAAAGUUUGUAGUGAAUCACCAUUUUGAUGAAUUGCCAUGGAUCACGUCUUUCAGGCAUUUAUUUUUUACGUUAUAGGAACCAAUAAACGUUGGUAUUUCCCCACCAAGCAACUAUUUUCCACCAUGCAAAUUUAAGCCCUGGUCAAAUAAGGAUGAGUCGUCUCAUUGAGAGUUGGCAAGCGAGAGUUUGCAUGAGGGUGUUCUCAACUUUCAUGCCCCAGUCAAACGAGAACAACAGUUGCAUGAGAGUUGACCGAAUAUUACCGCGUGCGUAAAAUUGAAGAUAAGUUGCAACUCUUAUCAAACCUUAUCUAUUUUUCGGUUGGACUGGAACACAACUUGAAUGUGAAUUAGAAAGCGCGUUCGGAACGCGGGGGGGGACAGAUGGAAUGCGAGUGAAACGCAUCGGGAAACGCAUUCCGGUCCUGUUCUUAAGGUCGUGGUACAAUUUUUUCUACAACUUACAACGCAAUGCCUCGUGUAACAUCAUGGCCUUUACUGCGUCUUUUGAUCUAUUCGGCCAACAGUUGUUUUCGUUACUUUCUGUUCAAGUAAACACGUUUCACCUCGCAAGAAUCUUUCAUUACUUUACAUCAGACUGUGACAUGAUUUUUUAGGUGUUCUUUCUGCCCUUGAGUAACACGAUAAUCUCGAGUUUCAAAGACGACAGUAUAUUUGCUUGGGAUUUUGAAAGCCUUGUGUGCAAAUAUCAGUUGCCCGUACCUGAAGGACCUGCGCCACAUUAUCGAGCCUUUGCCACACCCAGAGAUGGAAGAUUGCUUGCUGCCGGAGGAAGGUAAUGAAAGGGGGAGGGGGUUAGUUUAAACAUUUCACUACAAGGUUUGAGACUUUGAGUACAGUGGUAGGGUCUCAGUUAUACCUGACAGUGUUUUCGUCAUACUUUAUAUCCACGGUUUGUGCAUAAAGUACGCUGGAUUUCGGCGGUAUUUCGGAUUUUGUAGUUUCAUGGGCGCUACCUCAAGUCAGAUUUGUCAGAUUAACUAUUGCCUAAAAACCUAUUGCCUAAAGACUAGCUAUGAAGGAGAAAUGUUUACUGGACAUUUUUUUUGCUCAUUUUAAUCAGCGUUCAUCCCACUGAUACACACCUUCAAAGUAACAAAUAUUUCUUUGAUAAGAACUUAAAGUAUACUGCAACUGAGCUUACCUUCUUCAGCUAAUUCACCAAGAAAAGCUGUCAAUAAUUCUAAAUGCUGUCAAAGUACGCUGGAUUUCGGCGGUAUUUCGGAUUUUGUAGUUUCAUGGGCGCUACUUCAAGUCAGAUUUGUCAGAUUAACUAUUGCCUAAAAACCUAUUGCCUGUAGACAUGAAGGAGAAAUGAAUUUUUUUUGCUCAUUUUAAUCAGCGUUUAUCCUAUUGAUACACACCUUCAAAGUAAGAAAUAUUCCUUUAAUAAGAACUUAAAGUAUACUGCAACUGAGCUUACCUUCUUCAGCUAAUUCACCAAGAAAAGCUGUCAAUAAUUCUAAAUGCUGUCAUAAAUUAUUUCCUUAGACUUAGUAACAAUAUCCCUGCAUUGUAAGUACCAUUGAGACUCGCCCAUCUACCAAAAAUAUUUCAGUGUAUGCGUCCACUUACAGAUCACAUUUUCUUCAUAUCUGGACCUUGGAGUCCAAGACAUUGUUACGAAUCAUUGAUUUACCAACUAAAGUAAGGAUGGUGAAACAACUAGAGUUCCUCGCUGACAGUUUUGAUGGCGGAUCCAGUCAGACUGUUGGCAUUCUCUCUCAGGAUGGCAUCAUUCGCUUUGUUAAUAUUCAUACUUGCAAGUUGGUGUUUGAAGUUGGAUCACACGAGAAGGUAUUGUACUCGGUUGAAAGUUGUCACUGUGAGUGACUUAAGUCUGGUCCCCACUUUCUGUACAUAACAUACGCUUCAGCCUAUGGUGCUUAAUAUUUCAGCGAAUUAACUCGUUCAGUCUCAGUCCAAAUGGUUCUGACAUGGCAUGUAUUAUGGACAGUGGUUGUAUCAACAUUUACAGUGUACCAGCUCUGACCAGCCACUUGAAACAGGUAGGGUACAUAAUUCCUUGUUUUUAAUAUACAGCUACUAAUACGGCUACCCCGUUAAGGCCCAUUUCCACUCAAGAAAAUUUACCACGGACAGAAAAUUUUCCGAAAAUAUCAUUGUUAAAAGUUGAAAAUUUUCAACUUCAAAAUUUUUUUCACUGAAGGAAAAUUUGUGCCGGCCAAUCACAUUUUACAAAAUUUUCUUUCAGUGGAAAAUGUUCCUGAGUGGAAAUAGGCCUUUAUUACGGUAACAUUUUUUGUUCCGGAAAAAUACCAAUCUAAAGCAUUCUUUCUGUAAUUCGGUCACCUUAAAAUACAAUCAUCAUGCACUUUUGUCUAAACUGUUCUUUCAAGAGAUCAAGUAUAAGAGCUGUCGUAUUGGUUAGAGCACUGUACAGGAAUCGUAGGUUCGAUUCCUGUCAGAGAACCUGAAGUUUCAUUUUUCGCAACUGUUCCUGAUUAGGUUUAAAAGUGAGAAGUGUAUAGAAAUUUAGUAAUUUACGUUGGAGAAUGGACCAUUUGCAUUAUAGACUAAAUUUCGGUCUAGACAAAAAUUUCAUCACAGCUUGAAAGAGCAUCACAAAAUUAGUAAUAUUCCAAAGUUUCGUUGCGAAAUGUUGUAAAAUGCGGAUAAUAUAGCCUUGCGAAAUUUGCAAUUUUCAGUCAUUUUAUAUUACAAAUGGGAAAUUGAUGCCCAAACACCCGAUUGGGCUGUCAAUUUCCCGUGCGUAAUACAAAAUGACUGAAAAACGGCAAACUUCGCAAGGCUAUAUUAUCCGCAUUUUACAACAUUUCGCAACGAAACUUUGGAAUAUUACUAAUUUUGUGAUGCUCUUUCAAGCUGUGAUGAAAUUUUUGUCCAGAUUUGUCUAGAUCAAAAUUUAGUCUAUAAUGCAAAUGGUCCAGUCCAUCUGCAAAAACACAUUCACUAUUAUUAUAGUUUUAUCGCACGAGAUGCUCAGAAUCUCGAUAUUUCAAACUCAUUAAUUUAUUGAAUUCCAGGCGCCAGCCCCAGUGUUUAAAACUUUAGUGGACGAUCGACUACGCAAGAAAGGUGGCAAUUCAACGAUACAGUCGACGUCCAUGGAGGACUCCAAACAAAACAAAGGGAGAACGUCGUUCUCGAAACAAAAGAAAACUGUUAAACCAACCUGGUUGAAACCAUCGGAGUCGACGACGGAAGACGAGCAGGUUUGUGGUUGAGAAAUAUUUAGUAGUUGGUAAAUUGUAUUAAACACAUUGAUAGUUCAUGAAGGCAAUUCAAAAGAAAUCAGUAUUUAAUGAUGUGUUGUAUCCACAUACAAUAUACAAAAUUCGCCUGAUUCCAAAAACUUUUUUCUCGAUUUUCUUGGUUCAAAUAAUUUCUUUUUUGAACAAUUUCUUAAAACACACUACUGUUUCACGAUUUACAGGUACAUUCACGUCCCUAUCAGGCAUACUGUACAACCUCUCGAGUUCGUAUAUCUGCUACAACACGACCGUUCAUAAUUAAAAACAUAAACGUUCUCUGACUAAAAUUUUUUAUUUAAAACGAGCUUUCGACUACCUAACUGUAGUAAAUAAAAAAUUCGACUACCUAACUGUAGUAAAUAAAACGAGCUUUCGAAUUUUAGUCAGAGAACGUUUAUGUUUUUAAUUAUGUCUAAACCUGGCUACGCUAUCUCCAUAUUUUCACGACCGUUCAUGCUGUACAUAUACAAUAGUACUUACUAGUGCAGGUACGAUUAGAAUUUGUAUUUGUUUAGAGUACUGCAACUGAUGGUCUUAGUCACAGCCGACUUAGAGCAAUCCUUAGGGGAUAUGGAGAAUACCCCGCAAAAUAUAGGUAGGUUUACAGAGCAUUUAUGUAACAUAUUGUAACUAUAGUUACUUUACCUAUACUGGAUAGCUCUUUCAGUUCUAAACUAUUCCUUUUUGAAAUCCAGUAACAGUAUAAACGUCAUUCUUCAUCACUUCACCAAUACUUCUUAGCAAAACAAUAAAAAGUGAGGUAAAAAUUUCGUCAGUUCAUAAACACUCUAAUCAGACAAUUGCAUAUUGCAGCUAGGAAUCGAACCUGGGUCGACUCAGGAAUGAAAAGCAUUGUGGCACCAACCAGGGUCUUAGCUAGGAUUUUAGAUCUUGGGCGUGUUUCUAAUGACCAGGGCGUGCACAUGUCAAUUACCUUGAAUAGCAAAAUCACGGUUCUAGUUAUGCUCGCCAACAAUAAUGCUUGUGGUUGUUCUUUGCUAAUUUGCAACCAACCACAAGGCGAGCAUACACUCAUAUUUCGCACUGACAUUAAAAUAUUUAAGUUAUUUCAGCAACUGUUUGGGGUAUUUAAAACCAUUUUAACACCAUACAGUUCCCAUUAUCCAUCAAAAUAAUAAAACAUUACGAAUCACUUUUGCCAAUUGAACAACAACAGUAUAGAUUUUACAAACUUUCUUACGACGUAAAUAGGAAGAAGUUGAGUCUGAAAUUCUGUCUGUUGUAAGUGGCACCACCUUAGUUUAUGAACCUAUACACGGCCUUAUAUCAAUAAUGAAGCCGCGUUCAUUUUAUCUAGCCGUGUUUUUCCGCUUUCGGCCGCGAUAACACGGCCAACACGGCCCUCUAGCUAAGACCCUGGCACCAACAUCCAUAUUCCUAUAUAUACCGCAUGAGCUCGAGCGUUUGUUUCUUCCUAGAAUGUUCAUAUGGCGAAGUCUUCUACAGCUUCCAGAGAACCAUGCUGCAUUCUGUAGUUUAGUUGACAAGGGAACUCAUUCAACGUUUGUCACACUUCAUGAAAACUACCCAAUCAAGAGUAGAAAGCUUUUGCGUGUUCUGCAAAGGUUAGUAACAUUCAAGCCCCGCUUGUUUGAAAUGUAUGCUAGUUUUAAAAACACUGCGUUGCUGGCCUUGGAUUGCAUGCUUUAUUAUACUGUACAUUUGAAAAAUACAAGAACCAUCCAUCCCUCUCUAUUUCCCACUACAGCCUUAUACUCCUUUUUUAAACCUAGAAUUCUCUCUGCCUUGGCUCAUUGGUCAGCUGUUUUUGGUGAGACCGAGUUUCUUCCUCUUCUUGUGUUUCCGUUUGUUAAAUUAUUUCAGAACAACCAGUUGAUAUGCUUUGAAGUUGUGGCAACUGUCCUAGGUAAGAAUCUAAUAUAAUUAAUCUAAUGUAGUUGUGUGUGAUAUUAUAAUCGAUAAGCUCAUAACAAACUUCGAAGUUACAGGCUGUUCCGUACAUUUAAGUUGUCCCACUCUGAUAAUUAGAGGCAGGGGGCUAUCCCCCUCGAACCCCCCCCCCCCACCCAUUUUCACCGCUAGGUGGAGCAUUCCUCCUUUGUAGGCAUCUCAAUAGAGAUUACUCUAUCCAAUUUUCUAUUUCAUAUUCAGUAAAAUAUUUACCUCACUAAUUUGCAAACCUUUUGUUUAUCUUGCAGUAAACUGGUGUCAGAAUUGGUUUGAAUUUUUUCCCAAUCCUCCAAUCAACUUAUUGAGCAUGGUAGAAAAUCUUCUCGUUCAUCAUGACAAGAAUCUCUUACAGCAUCUUGUUCAAGCUGACGUCAAAUCCCAGGUAUUUUUUAGGUAUAUGUUUAUCUCUCUCACGCAACCUAACUACAAACUAAUUCUGUUCUGACUAAUUUCUAGAUAUAUUGUUGGCCAAUAAUCGAAACACUAUUUUCUGAAGUUCUUACAAAGGAGGAAUGGCUACGUAUAUGGGAUCAUAUCUUCAGUAAUCAUCCGUCAUUUCUGUUAUUUCUUGUCGCUGCUUAUCUUAUAUGUUCAAGAAAAGUUCUCAUGCAAUGUACAGCUAAAGAAGACUUUGAGGUAUCCUGUUUGAUAUCAGAGUACCCAGCCUGCAGUUUAUGCACGAUGACCCAUAUAUGUGUUACCAUAGCUGUAAUUGUUCAGUAUAUGGCCAGUGCUUUACCUUCAAGUGUGUGCGUUGUGUUUGUCUAAUGACUAAUUGUCUCCUUGUAGUAUUUCGUUCACCAUCGCAAUGCCUGCGAUAUUUCUGCUGUCAUUCAAGAGGCUUAUCACCUUCAGAAUACCACGCCAUCUGAUAUUGAUCCAGGGAAAAUGUUGGAAGAAUUUAAACCUCUCACCAAAGGACAGUAUCCGGUGUUUAAUAAAUAUCCUAAGUUUAUUGUUGAUUAUCAGGUACGUUGCUGACGCUCGUGUAUGUUAGCUUUAACCCAUUAAGUGGCAGCACUUCCCUUGUGGUGCAUCAGGGCGAACUGCCACUUAAAGGAUUAAUACAUAAUCUUGAAGAAGUCUGGAUUGGCUUUACUAUAGGCGGUGUCUUACCCUCAGCGUAUCUGUACUCAAAUGUUGACACUGUUUCCAACAGGUUCAAGAACGAGAACGAAUACGGCAAGAAGAGUUAGAAUAUCUUCAACAAAGGUAAAUCACUAUAUCUCAUCAAAACAAUGUUGUUUUAUGGUCCUUAAUGGACUUCUACUCUAGAGAGAACGUUUAGAACUAAUAAAGCUAUCCAGUAUACAAAUAGAGAAUAAUACAUGGGUGCGCGGAAAUACCAGAUUUAUUUCGAGUGUUGAACUAGUCCAGUCCCAGACCCUAUUCUCGCCACACGGCGCGGCGGAGAAGGAGGGUCCAGAAGAAUUUGCAUGCGCAUGCGUCAACUUGUCCAAUCAAAACGGUUGCGAUUGACUUCCGGGAGAAGGGAAAACCCUUACACCUGUUAAACGCGCGCGCAAAACGUAAACAACUCAGAGAAAUAAAAAAUGUCAGGUGAAGUUCGAUGUCGAAUAUGCAAUGGAGUCUGUCCGCCCGCUAGGAGAUAUGUACUUUACAAUGCAGAAAAUGAUUAUACAUCAACAGCGAUGCUGUUUUUCAAGGCAUAUGGUCUGUCUAUUAGACGAGACAAGCCUGGAUUGUCUCGCCAUUGUUGUCGAAAUUGCCGAAAUAAUGCGAAUAGGGCCGUCGAGAAAAUUAAAAGUUAUAAGGAAAAUAUUAGUCCUCGAGGGAAAAGAAAAACAAUACCAUCCUCGCCAAAUUCGAUUAGAUCUCCACCAUCGAAAACAUCGAGACCUAACGAAAGAAAUUGUAGUUUCAGCCAGAUCAUUGCAGUUUUCCAACGACAAAGCACAGGUACGACGACAUUAUUUAAAUUUUAUUAUAAAAAGACCAGUCUUUUGCCGAAGAAAUAUGCAACUAUGUAUAUACUAACUGAAAUCGGUGUUUACUAAAUAUUGCUGGUAUGAUAUCCCAAUAUUGUCCGAGUGAGACUGUUUAAAAAUACUUUAUUUGUUAUAGCUAGAAAGUUAAACUUGUCAAAUUACACGUACGAUAAUUGCAAUUUUGCAUCGCUGUAACAAAUAAGAGUUAUUGUGACAAAUAUUGUAUUGUGACAAAAGAUAGGGUAAUUAAAUAAAUUUCUAUUUGAUACGCAAAAAUAGACAAGCUUUCUUUUACUGCAAACACUUUAAUUUUAUAUAAAUAUAAUGUGGUCGUCAUAAAGUGCUUUACUCCUGGUCUUGCAGCCUUGGAUGUGUUAAUUAUUGUAAUUUUUGCACUAAUAUUUUAACACAAAAUUAGGACGAAUAAUCCAUAAACUUAUUACAGACAAUUCACGCCAUUAAACCAAAAAUAUGAAGAAGUAGUAUACAUUGUAGAGGAGAUAACCGAACGUAUUUACUGUGUAGUUUCAUCAUCUUGUGUUUCUUUAUAUGACUUCGAGGGUGUAAUUAUCUAAAUGUUUGUUAUCAUGUUCAUUUAGCCAUCCCAUUCUAAUGCAGCAAACACGACAUCAAGUGUGAGCACGACGACAUAUCUUUCCUCACCCUGUCAAACAUUUACUACAGUUUAAAAUAAAUCAAGUGAGUUCAGAGUAGGUUACUGUAUAAAGUUACUUAUUUGCAAGGCUAAUUAUAUAACGUGAUGAACCAAAGUGUAAAAAAAAUUUGCCCUAUCCAAUCGUUGGUUAUCUCGCCACAUUUUCAAUAAUUUCAAUAAUCCUUUAAAACUUAGUAUAAACAUAUGACAAUUAGCCAAAUUCUCUUGCAAUAGAAUGAGGCUCUGUAGUCAAGGGAAAGCACUUUGGCUAAUUUAUUUAUUAAAUUAUUAAAAUAUCUAGCAUAGACCUACCAUUGUAGUACACAAUGUGCCUCAUCAAUUGCCACACAAACAAUAUGCUCUUUCAGUUCCCUCAGAGUCUCCCUUACAGUCAAACUGGUAAAUGCCUCAGGGGAUAACAAAGCGAUUUUGAUGUUCGAUUUUCCACGUCGAAGGUCCUCAACUUGUCGGUCUUUAAGAUCGGUGAGCUUGACGCUAUGUAUUCCUCGUUCGGCCAUUUUAGCCAUCUGAUCAUCCAUGAGGGAAAUUAGGGGUGAAAUCAAAACGACGAUAGAUGAACGGCAAUCGUUGUUUGGUGACGAUCGCAGAGCAUCGCAAACAUAUGGAAAGAGCGUGUAAAUCAGCGACUUUUCGAAACCAGUUCUCAGAUGAACGAAUACAUCUUUACCGCGAGACAGGUAAUAGAUCGCUUGCAAUUGCUCAAACUUCGGCAAAAAAUUAUAUUUACACAUUUCCAUGGCAAACUUAACGGCUUCAACAAAUUCUCUGCCAAAAAUAUGAAGAAACUUGUUCUCAAUCAGCGCUGCAAGAGUAUCAGAACUUUCCUUUGACAUUGCGGAUUUUCCCCACAGUAAACAGAGCUUAGCGACCUGGCGACCUCCACAUAUGUGUGGUGGUAGUUGACGCAUGCGCAUGCAAAUUCUUCUGGACCCUCCUUCUCCGCCGCGCCGUGUGGCGAGAAUAGGGUCUGGGACUGGACUAGUGUUGAACAUGAUAUCUCACGAGUGAGCGCAGCGAACGAGUGAGAUAUCAAGUUCAACACGAGAAAUAAAUCUGGUAUUUCCAAGCACCUAUAUAUGUAUUUUUCUGUUUAUUAUAUAAACAAAAUUCAGUGAAAAGCAUAAAACGUCCGUAGCAAUGCGUUUUACAACAAAUGAUAUUUUCACAUGUAAAAGUAUCGUAUUUUUUACGUGUGUUUAAAUACGAUUUUUCUCAGUGGCCAAAAACUCUAUAUAAUUAAUAACACUUAUGUUUAUAUAAUAAAUAAUGUUAUUGUAGUCUAGUUUAGAUUUCCUCCAUGUAUAGUAACACUGGAUAAAAACUGCAUGGACUUCUAGGGUUAACAGUUUAAAACUGUCGAGAUAUUAUUAGAUUAUUGCUGCCUAAUGAAGAUACAUGCAUUUCAUCCUAGGCAACUGGCUGUAGAAUUAAAGAAGCAAGCUGAAGAAAGAAAAGAGGCAGAAGAAGCCUUUUAUCGUAAUCAGGAGUUGAUGAUGGAGGCUGAAAAGCAAAGACGAGAUCUCAUCUUACUGGAAGAGCAAAAACUAGCUGAUCAGAGAGUCAGGUUGGUAGUCUGUUGAAAUUUUUCAGCGAGUAAGGACUAUAUAAGAGUAUUGGAAAGCUGUGAUGUGAAGAAUAUACAGUACAACUACCUGAACGAUGUUUUUCGGGUAGGUGAAUUAUCCUAAUUCAGUGUAUCAAAAAAGUAGACAAUUUUGAAACGGCUUUCAAUUUCACAAAUCCUUUCAUUUCAUGAAAUUUUUGAUAAAUCUAGAUUGUUUGGGUACUUAUAUACUAUAAUGUAGAAUAAAAAAAAUUGUCGUAAAAAUCAAUUUUACAGAGCAGGAGGGUGUAUUUUUUAGCAGCAUUAAAAAUUGCUUGCGUGCGAAAUUUAAAAGUUUAAAACGCAUUGUCUAUACUUUUUUUAUACACCCGGCUGUAGAUUUUAUGUAGUACGAAAUCUAUAAAGUGCACAAACAAUGCAUGAAGCACACAUACAGUAUGUCAUCUGCCUCGUACCCAGGCGCUUUGGCGAUCAAAUUAAUCCACGCGGCCCACGCAAAGGCCGCGCAAACCAUAGAACAACACAUAGCGCCUGGGUACGAGGCUUGUAUGUCAUUCACUCUUGUUUUAGUAGUUUAAAAUUAAAAACAAAACAAAAAAAACGCCUUGAAUCACCGAGUGUUAUUUGUCUAUGUAAAAGGCUUGCAAUCGAUUACAUUUUGUAUGCUUUAAUCUCAUGCAGGUUACAAGCAAUGAGACGUGAAGUUCAUACGCGAGAGCUACAGUUGAUGGAUGCUGUGAGAAGAAAAUACAUGGAGAAUCAGAGCAAGUUCAAGGAAGUUGAACUGAAGAGAAUGGAUGAUGAAAUACAGCGCAAGGUUAGAGCUUUACAAAUAUUUCGGCAUAUCAUGUAUUUGUAUCCUUUCUGCGGGAAUAACACGCCUAUAUCACCUACAGACCUAGCCAGGAGGGGGGUUUAUACCAGAAUACCAAUAUACUCUCGAUAUUACUCGCUCAAUAUGCCAGUUCACCUAUACAAUUCUAGGCUACAUCCGUCCGCUUGAGUACUUGAUCUUCGGUCAAAGCCUAUUUUAACAAUAAAAUUGUAUACCAUUAACCUAUUUUAACAAUAAUAUUGUAUACCAAUUAAACCACAUAAAGAUAAG